AUGCGAUCAGUGUGCUUUGUAAAACGUCUAGAAUUUGAUUUUGCAUGUGGUACUGGGGUUUCAAGAGAUGCAAUGACUAUUGGUGAUGUGGAUAAUGAUGGGCGUAAUGAAUUAAUUGUUGGAAAUACAAGUGGUGAUUUAGUAUUAUUUAAGGAAAAAGAACAAUGGCAAAAAAUCACUGGCUUAGGAAUGAUUACAUGUGUUGGAAUUGGUGAUAUCUUAAAUUGUGGGUGCAAUGCAUUGGUCGUUGUUGGUGGGGAUGGUUGGUGUCGAAUAUUUUAUUGUCCAAGUAUGAUCCCGUCAAAAGAAGAUGAAAAUAGCUCAUCAGAACAUCAUCGUGUAACUCCCCCACAAUUAGAAUGUAUUCACAUUCAAAGAAUACCAGCCAAUUCGAAAGUUGUUCUUUUAGGUGAUAUUGACGGUGAUGGUUUAAUUGAAAUGGUAAUAGCUUUAACUGAUCGUGUAGUGCGUUCAUAUCGUUGGUAUGAAUCAGAUCAGCUCUCAUCUUCCGCCGAACCAAAGCAAUCUAGUGUAAAUGAAAAUUUUAAAUCUGGGAAAUUGGUUUGUUUAAAUAAAUGGGAAUCAAGUAAUCAAAUAGGAGCCGUAACACUUCAACAAAAUCCUGAUGGAAUACCUGCAUUAUUGGUCGCUCAACCUGGAGGUACCUUUAUGCGAAUACGAUGUAAUCAUGAAAAUAAUAUGCCGGAGCAUAAUUUGGACAGUGCUAGCAUGACAAGUGAAAAUUUAACAGCCCCUGGUGUUGACUACCAAUUCCUUGGUAUAUCACAAAUGCGCAAUCAAAGUGUGUCAACAGAAGUUUUAGCUGAUUUAAAUCCAAAAAAUCCAAUGGAUUUGAAUAAAAUUAAACCGUACGCUGUUGCAACAUUAGAUGGAACAAUUAUGUUAGUUCGCGAAGAAGUCAUUAUAUGGGCCAUUCAAGUUGAUCAUCAAAUAUUUGCAUUAGAAAAACUGGAUAUUACUGGUGAUGGAUCUGAAGAUAUUGUUGCAUGCUCAUGGGAUGGGCAAACCUAUAUGUUAGAUCAGGAUAAAAAUAGUGUGCGAUUUCAACUUGAUGAACCAGUUCAAGCAUUUUGUAGCGGUUAUUAUAAUGUUGAAAGUGCUAACAGUAAAGGAUCAGCUAGUUUAGUUUACGUCACUUUUAAAAAUAAGAAUAAUAAAUAG